UUUGUUCACUGCCACCUUAAACCACCAUGGAUUUCUUCCGCCCAGCCUCCACCGCCCUUCUCCUCCUCUUCAUCUUCUCCGAUCAAGCCCUUCUCAAGAGUGUGUUAGGCGCGGUCGGAGUCAACUACGGGCUCAACGGCGACAAUCUUCCGGUGCCGAGUGAGGUGGUUGAGUUAUAUGGGCGGUGUGGGAUAGACAUUUUGCGGGUAUUUGAGCCCAAUCAUUCGGUUCUUGAUGCCUUGAAAGGGCGGAGGAAUUUAGUGGUGUGGUUGGGAACGAGAAAUGAGGAUAUUCAGGGGUUUGCCGCCGACCAAUUAGCGGCGAAUUCUUGGGUUAAUGCUAAUGUGGUUCCUUAUUACAAGAGUGUUAAUAUUGCAUAUAUUACUGUCGGUAAUGAGGUUGUCCCUGACGAUGCGGCGGCGCCAUUUGUCGCCAAGGCUAUUAAGAAUAUUAUGCAGGCGCUUGUUAUUGCCGGCGUCAAAAGCGACAUUAAGGUGACGACGGUGGUGCCCAUGUCAGUAAUGGCAGUCUCAUACACACCUUCCGCCGGAGCAUUCUCUACCACCGCCAUCGGACCUUUAAAAGACAUCACUCAAGUUUUGGGGACAUCCGGCGCACCAUUACUGUUGAACGCGUACCCAUAUUUCGCAUACGCAUCAAACCCACAACAAAUCUCGCUCGAUUACGCUCUCUUCAAAUCCACCGCGCCGGUGGUGGUGGACGGAAACUUAAAGUACUUCAAUCUGUUCGACGCGAUGGUGGAUUCUUUCUACUCGGCUCUGGAGAAGAUCGGCGCGGAGGGAGUGCGAAUCGACAUCUCGGAGACUGGAUGGCCGAGCAAAGGGAACGAUCCGUUCACGAGCGUAGAUAAUGCGGCGACGUAUAACAAGAAGUUUGUGGAACAUGUGAGGAGCGGCGCCGGAACGCCCAAGAGGCCGAAUGUGAAAUACGACGGCGUUUUGUUCGAGAUGUUCAAUGAGGAUUUGAAGACGGCGGGGGUUGAGCAGAACUUUGGGAUGUUUUAUCCCAAUAUGCAUCCGGUUUAUCCGUUAUGGAAUUGCUGAAUUAUGAAUUUAUAUGUUCGGUUUGGGCUUUUGGCCCAAAUUGGGAUUCGGUUCACGAAGGCCCAUGGGCUUGUCACCCAUUGAAAAAUCGUUUUAAUUAAUAAAAAUA